AUGCCUCGAAACAACCACGACAGUGCUGCUGAACCGUGCAGACGGCUUUUCUGCGGGCCUCGCACAGAUGGCAGCCAAGAAGGCGAGCAUCGGCAUUCUGUUCAGAGCCUGGCGCGGAGAAGCGUUUGCACCAAAGUCGCCCGUGCCGGCCAUCAGCUGUGGCCCCCGCCCAGGCCAACGCUCACAAUCGGCCCCCCGGUGAGCCCAGGUGGGGGUGGCGGCUUCGUGUUCAGCCAGCGCAGCUGCACGAAGCAAAAGAAUGCCACCUGUCUGGCGGCACCGCGCAGCCCGAUGCUCAUGAACAGCGUUCGGGGCGUGCCGGCCGUGAGGUCGCAUUCGGCGGACUUCUGCUGCUCCCAGUGCGGAGUCAACUGCUAUGACCCCGUCGUGGUCACGACCACCGAGGCGCCUCGCGUGGUGGUCCGGCGCCACUACAACACGGUGGUCAGGAGGGUUCCGGUGAAUCACCAUGUGAAGGUGCAGAUGCCGCGGCCUGCGCCCAUCAUCCACACCCUGCACGUUGUUAAGCCCAACGCUCACCACGACGGCGGCGACUACGACCACGAAAUGUGGUCCGGCGCGCACAAGAGGUGGUGCUGCUACAAGUACAAGGAGGGCUGCCCAAAGCAAGUGGUUGACCGCAACAUCUACCACCACCUGACCAAGAUUCAGAAGCUGCAUGUGCCGGUGCCGUUGCAGGAGCCGCGGAGUCCUUCAAUCAUCCACAAAAGCCCGCAAGUCUACCGCGUCCCGAGCCCGCCGAAGUACGUGCACGUGCCGGCGCCGGGGCCCAAAAUCCACAAGGUCGUCACUAUCAACAAGGACGUGCCUUAUCCUGUCAAGGAGCCUCCCCAGGUCAUCACCGUCAAGAAGCCCUACACCGUGAAAGUUCAGGGCCACCGCCACUAUGUGGACGUGCCCGUGCCGUCGCCUCCCCACAUCGUCAACACUGUGCAUGACUACAACUGCGACUCCCAUUUCGGCAAGUGGUGCUACGUCUGGUCGGGCACGAAGAAGCAGUGGUGCUGCGCGCACCAGCACCUGGGCUGCCCAGGAUCUUGGCACCAUCACCACGUGGUGACCAUUACUGGUGUGCAGCACCUCAAGCACUGUGAUUGCCACGCGGGCUUGUCCAACUGGUAUCAUGGCUGGUCCCGCGUCCAGAAAUCGUGGUGCUGCGACCACCACCAUCUAAUCUGCCCUGGCAUGGCGCACGGCCAGUGGCACGCUCGCACUGUGGUGCACACCAUGGGCCAUCAUGCCGGCCAUGGCGGAUACGACUGCGAUGCAGGCUACUCCAAUUGGGAGCACGGCUGGUCGUACAUGGUCGUACCACAAGAAGACGUAUUGCUGCGAGCGCGAGCACAAGGGCUGCCAGCCGUACCACUGCCACCAACACGAGGAGAAGCGCAGGGAGCCCCAUUGUGA